AUGACUACCCCCGACCUGGAGGAUAAGUCCUUCGACUCGUUCGGCCUUGAUGACAGACUGUUGUCCGGCCUGGCUGCCUGCGACAUGAAGCAGCCCACUCUCAUUCAGAACACAACCAUUCCUCUGGCUCUGGACAAGGGCGUGGAUAUCACAGCCAAGGCCGUCACUGGUAGUGGCAAGACGGUGGCCUACUUGCUGCCCAUCUUCGAGCUGAUGCUGAGAGCUGAGAAAGAGAAACGGGAUAUCCAGACUGCUCUGAUUGUGGUUCCCACGCGAGAGUUGUGUGAGCAGGUGUCCAAGGUGAUCACCAAGCUGACCCAAUUUUGCCCCCAUCUCAAGUCUCUCAACGUGACUCAGCAGCUCGGAGACGACGUUAUUUCUUCUCUGUUGGAAGAGAAGCCCAGCAUCAUUGUCGGAACACCCUCGAGGCUGCUAAAAUACGCCAAGGAGAUGGACUGCUCCAAGGUCGGUUAUCUGGUCAUCGACGAGGCAGAUCUGCUGCUAUCCUACGGCUACAAGGAGGAUCUUAUCGAGCUGUCGGAGAUGCUCCCCAAGACUAAGCAUACCUUCAUCAUGUCUGCAACACUCAACAAGGAGUCCGAUCUGAUGAAGCAGCAGUUCUGCAGAAGCACUGUGGCUAGUGUUGCAGUCACCGCUGCUGAGGAGGAGAGAAAACUGCUGCAGUACUACGUCAAGUGCAGCGAGAGAGAUAAGUUUCUGCUGGCCUACGUCAUGUUUAAGCUGCAGCUGGUCAAGGGCAAGACCAUUGUCUUUGUCAACGAGAUUGAUCGAUGCUACCGAUUGCGUCUGUUCCUGGAGCAGUUUGGAAUCAAGGCCUGUGUUCUCAACUCCGAGCUGCCCAUCGCCUCUCGUCUUCAUAUUGUGGAGCAGUUCAACAAGGGUGUUUUCAACUUGCUGAUCUGUACCGACGAGGCCAACAAGCUGGCUGAGGCUAGUAAAUCUGCAUCCAAGCAGACCAAGGAGGUGUCCAGAGCCCAUGAGUACUCUUCAACUCGAGGUCUUGAUUUCAUGAACGUGGCUUUUGUGCUCAACUUUGAUCUGCCUCUUUCUAGCCGAGCAUAUGUCCACCGAGUGGGCCGAACUGCUAGAGCCAACAAGGCCGGUACCGCACUGUCUUUUGUUGUGCCUGCCGACCAAUGGGGCAAGGAUAAGGUGGCCAAGCUGGAUACUGCUAAGCGAGAUGAGAAGGUGCUCAAGAAGAUCAUCAAGAACCAGGAGUCACAGAACAUGGAAAUCAAGCCCUAUUCGUUCGACAUGAAGCAGGUGGAGGGCUUCCGAUACCGAAUGGACGACGCUUUCCGAGCCGUCACAACCGUGGGUGUUCGAGAGGCCCGAGUCAAGGAGAUCAAGACCGAGUUGCUCAACUCCGAGCGCCUGGCUCGACAUUUCGACGAAAACCCCGACGAUCUGAAGGCUCUUCGACACGACAAGGAGCUCCACACAUCCAAGGUCCAAGCACACAUGAAGCGGGUGCCCGACUACUUGUUGGGACGAAAGGGUAAGCUGGAUCCUAAUGUGUUUGUGCCAUUCAGAAAGGAUGAUAACAAAAUCCACAAGAAGUAUACCAAGAAGAAGAAGGGCGGCGAUCCCCUCAAGUUCAAGAAGCGAAAAUAG